CUUGUUUAAUUGGUAAACUUUUAAUACCUCCUCUUUCCUUCAUCGCCUUCACCUGAUUUCCUGAACAAUAAUCGGGGGUAAUGAAAAAAGGCGGCGCUGAUUUUUAUUUACCUGCGAUAAACUCAUCUACGACCAUAUCCGUUUAACGAAUCUCCUCCUCCCUUUUUUUCAUCUCAGGAUUGCACUUUCGAAUCGCCACUCACAAUUUUCAUUUUUUUGCGAUACAUAUUCGAAUCAACAUCGAUAGAAGUUCGUCACCUUUUCAUUUUGUCGUGGCACUUAUUGCCUUCUAAACGAUCAACGAUUCUCACAAUGUCAGAACAUACUCAGAAUCAAUCGCCAAAAGUUAUCACAACAAAUUUACGAGAUGAAGAUUUUUUAAGUGAACAUCUUGGUCAACUUUUGGUUAGACAGCCGAUGUCGCCUAAAUCACCCGCUUCAAGUCAACAUGAUUUACCGACAGAUUAUGCAAAAGGACCUACAUCAAUGCGAAGACAUACAUCGCAAACUCAAAUGGCCAAAUCGAAAUCUAGAAAUAGUGCUUCAUCCAUCUACGCCACAUUAGGAGCAACAACUCCUGAAGUCACUUCUCCAGGUUGUGAUGAUUUAUUCAAUUCGUUCUUUUCAACUCCGAAACCGGCAGUAAAACAACAAUCAGCAGAGACAAAGAGUACAACUAGAACAAACCCUGCAUCCGUUUCGAUGAGCACAUCUUUUGGUAGAAAACAAAAACCGGAAAGAAGACCACUUUCACGUACCAAUAGCGAUAAAGAUAGUUCGGCAAGUUUGAGCAGCUUUUCACAACAACAAUUUCCUCCUUCAACUUCAAGAAGAACAUCUGAAUCAACAACAACUCAACCAUCAAACGAAAGUGGAGAAUUGGAACAAAGUGCUCCUGAAACACCGCCAGAAGGCGUUGCACUUGCACCAAUCUCUUCUUGUGAUGAAUCAGAAGAUGAUUCACAAUCCAACUCCAGUUCCAUUCCUGCAAGUUCAAGUGCAAGCUUUGGAUUCCAGCAGUAUGGUACUUUGACCGCGCCAAACGAAGAAGAGAAAUGGCAAAUCUUCAAAGAAGGAGGCGUUAUUGAACCACCAGAAGCGAUUGAGGUCAACACGAUCGCAAGAAAGGACGUUCAAAAUGCUACUCUAUUACCUGCUCAACGCCCAAGAGCUUCCUUGGGCUUAAGUUCACAUACUUCUCGUUAUACAUCAAUGACAUCUUCUCGCUUCCAGUCGUAUCGUUCAACGUUGUCAACUGUACCGACAGAGAUGGACAUUCAUAAUGAAGAGAAUGACUUUUUGAUGGAUAGCAGAAGGGUAAAAGGAACAACUGCACAAGUUGACAAAGCAGACGCAACAUCUAUUGCCAAACAAUUAGCUGCACGUUCAAACAGUGUCACUCUCGUUCCUUCAGGCGAUGAUGGUAGAUCGUUCGUCUUUGUUUCACGCGAUACAGAAGGUGGUGAUCCUUGUCCUGUUCGAGGAUUACGUAGGGAUGGAUAUACUGUUUAAGAUCCACAUUUUCUUGCACAUAAAGCAACAUACACGAACACACAAAUACACAAACAAAUACACUUCUGCACAAAUACACGAAUACCCAAACUUCUUGUUUAUCUCUUUCGGCUUCUGUUUUUAUCUUGGUUUAUUAUUGUCGGUUUUUACUCAACUGUCGCAUUUGUACUUUUAUGCAUUAUUCAUUCUUGUAGGGCAUUAUAACUGUAUCUUUAGUCACAUUCUAUAUACACGAUGAAUUUGAUAAUGAUUUCGAUGAUGAACAAAA